AGGUGCAGCGCUCCCCUGUGAUAUACCGGUCUGGGGGCGCAGAAACGGAUCAGAAAUAAUUAAAUCUGAUUAUUAAUUUAUUAUUAAUACACAGAAAACACGAGCGGGUUUAAAGACGCGGUUUAUUUACACAUGCGCACAGAAUCGAUGCAGGAAUUCAGGGAGAAUUGAAGGCAGCACGGCGGCGGAGGCAGAAGCAGCUGAAAAAGUUCUGCAGAUCUCAGAUCAUCCGCCCCAAAUAAUCCGGAUUAAUUCAGUCUAAUCCGGGAGAAAAUGGACUAUGAUUUCAAAGUGAAACUGACCGGAGAGAGGGAGCGGGUGGAGGACCUGUUUGAGUAUGAGGGCUGUAAGGUUGGACGGGGGACUUACGGUCAUGUGUACAAAGCAAAGAGGAAAGACGGGAAGGAUGAUAAAGACUACGCUCUGAAGCAGAUUGAGGGAACCGGCAUCUCCAUGUCUGCAUGCAGAGAAAUUGCGCUGCUACGAGAGCUGAAGCACCCCAAUGUGAUCUCACUGCAGAAGGUUUUCCUGUCACACGCCGACCGCAAAGUGUGGCUCCUCUUCGACUACGCCGAGCAUGACCUCUGGCACAUCAUUAAGUUCCACAGAGCCUCAAAGGCCAAUAAGAAGCCUCUGCAGUUGCCCCGCGGCAUGGUCAAGUCUCUUCUCUACCAGAUUCUGGAUGGCAUCCAUUAUCUGCACGCCAACUGGGUACUGCACAGAGAUUUGAAACCUGCAAAUAUCUUAGUAAUGGGGGAAGGACCAGAGCGGGGCCGGGUGAAGAUCGCGGAUAUGGGUUUUGCCCGGCUCUUUAAUUCACCGCUGAAGCCUUUGGCAGAUCUGGACCCUGUGGUGGUCACAUUCUGGUAUAGAGCACCAGAGCUGCUGCUGGGAGCCAGACAUUAUACCAAAGCCAUCGAUAUCUGGGCCAUCGGCUGUAUUUUUGCCGAGCUCUUGACCUCAGAGCCGAUUUUCCACUGUAGGCAGGAGGAUAUUAAGACCAGUAACCCGUACCACCAUGACCAGCUAGACCGAAUCUUUAACGUCAUGGGCUUUCCUGCAGAUAAAGACUGGGAGGACAUUAAGAAGAUGCCGGAACACUCCACGCUGAUGAAAGAUUUCCGCAGGAAUACAUACACUAAUUGCAGCCUUAUAAAGUACAUGGAGAAGCAUAAAGUCAAACCCGAUAGCAAAGCAUUCCACUUGCUGCAGAAGCUGCUCACUAUGGACCCGAUCCGCAGGAUCACCUCUGAACAGGCCAUGCAGGACCCGUACUUUCUGGAGGAGCCUCUGCCCACCUCCGACGUCUUUGCCGGUUGCCAGAUUCCUUACCCAAAGCGAGAGUUCCUGACUGAGGAGGAACCUGAGGACAAAGCAGAUAAAAAGAACCAGCAGCAGCAGGGGAACAACCACACCAAUGGGGCGGGGCACACGGGUAACCCUGACAACAGCCACGCACAAGGUCCCCCUCUCAAAAAAGUGCGAGUGGUUCCACCUACCACUACCUCGAGUGGCCUGAUCAUGACCUCAGACUACCAGCGUUCAAAUCCACAUGCUGCCUACCAAAACCCUGGACCAAGCACAUCACUGCCCCAGAGCAGCAUGGGAUACUCCUCUACCUCCCAGCAGCCUCCGCAGUACUCACACCAGACCCACCGCUACUGAGCCCGCCGACACCCCGCCUAGCGCCCAAUACAGAGAACGUACUGAGGGAGGUGGGUGUGGCUGUGGCACCUGUAACCCUGGCCACUUGACUCCCUGGGUGCUUGUUGUGUAGCGUUACCAUAGAGACACCGCCGAGACAGUAACUAAACACAGACUAAUUUAACGAUGCCUCACAUCACCGUAACGACAGGGAAUUGUCCUCCACCGGGACGAGAAAUGAAAAAACUUCGAAAUAUAGUCGGAGGUGGAGGAUGAGUACAUUUGUGUCUGUGCCAUGGGUCAUCGUUUUGAUCUUCUCUGAGAUUCUGUGACCUUCUUUAAAAAAAUAAUAAAUAAAUGCAAGAAAAGCAACAAGCGAUCGCAACAUGUGGUACUGCAAGCUGCAGAGCUCCCAGCAUCUCCAGCCAGGAUUAAAGCUGCUAUGGGACUGCGAGCACUGACAGGAUGCCUGACUGUCUGUGUCAUUAUAUGCACUUGUAUACACACACACACACACACACACAAAGUGUCAUUGCUGGGAAUCUUGAGUUCUAGUGCUGGAGCUGUUGACUAAAGCAUGUUGGGUGCAUAUUGCUGCCCCCCCCCCCCUCCUGCUGGAGAUCAAUAGUCAUGGCCUCUGUGAGGGAGGCAGAGAGAAACAGAAACUUGACUUUAGUAGUAUUAAUUAAAUGUUUCAGCUUUGUUUUCACAUUAGGAGAGAGUAAACCGCUUCCGUUUUUGCUGUGAGCGGGUAAGCCUUCAUGACAGAACCAGUGGUUUGAAGAGCUGAUUAAAACAUGCGUUGUACUGUAUUGUAAUAAAAUAUUUUACAUGAAGCAAAUAUCCUGUUAAUAAAGUUGGAGAUGUUUGAAAUG